ACUUUGCAGUGGGCGCUUAACAGCAGCAGAGUGCUCCUGUCAUAUUAGAGGAUCUUUGAUUAGUGAUUUGGCAGCGGGUUAUUAGAUAGCGAGCAGGGGUCCCAAAUUACCGGCUCUCUGAUUCGUCAGUUCGGCAGUGACGUCACAGGCAGCACCGAUUGACGGCCAGGGUCGAUGCAGGUCCAUUCAGGAGCUUCAGAUGGAGUUGGAGCGCCACGCCAGCAGGGCCGUGGCAGGCGCGCCGGGCCGGAGGGGCUUCACUCCAGCGAGAGCAGCGCUCCACUCGGCAGCCCGUCAUGGGCGGCGUCGACCCCCGCAACCUCACGUCCGCGUCGGAGGAGUGGGUCGCGGGCAUCAGCCUGGUCAUGGCUCUCAUCGUGCUGGCCAUAGUGGUGGGCAACGCGCUCGUGAUCGUGGCCAUCGCCCGGACGCAGAGGCUCCAGACGCGGACCAACGUGUUCGUGGUGUCGCUGGCGUGCGCGGAUCUCAUCAUGGGCGUGCUGGUGGUGCCCUUCGGCGCCACGCUGGAAGUGCGCGGCUCCUGGGCUUACGGCUCAUUCUUCUGCGAGUUCUGGAUCUCCGUGGACGUUCUGUGCGUCACGGCGAGCAUCGAGACGCUGUGCGUGAUCGCCGUGGACCGAUACGUAGCCAUCACGGCGCCCUUUCGCUACCAAAGCCUGCUCACCAGAGCCCGCGCUAAGGCGGCUGUGUGCGCCGUGUGGGGGGUCUCGGCGUUGGUCUCCUUCCUCCCCAUUCUCAUGCACUGGUCCCGGGACAGCGCGCACACCGCCUGCUACGAGGACCCGACCUGCUGCGACUUCGUCACGAACCGCGCGUACGCCGUGUCCUCCUCCGUCAUCUCCUUCUACCUCCCACUGGUGGUUAUGGUGUUCGUUUACGCGCGCGUCUACCGGGAAGCAAAGCAGCAGCUGCGGAAGAUCGACAAAUGCGAGGGUCGCUUCCACAUCCACGGCUCCGCUGGACAGUGCAAGAGGAAGCCGCCUCGGAUGGCCGCUCUGCGGGAACACAAGGCGCUCAAGACGCUGGGUAUCAUCAUGGGGACCUUCACUCUUUGCUGGCUCCCCUUCUUCAUCGUGAACGUGGUGCGGGUUUUCGGCGCCGAGUUGGUGGACAAGAACCUGUUCGUCUUUCUCAACUGGCUCGGCUACGCCAACUCCGCGUUCAAUCCCGUCAUCUACUGCAGGAGUCCGGACUUCCGGAGGGCGUUCAAGAGGCUCCUGUGCUGCUGGAGGAGAAGAAGGAGGAGGAGGACACCGAGGAGCCCAGGCGUGCUGCACGUCAGCUCCUGUGACCUGAGCCGGUACUCCGCAGGUUAUGUGGCCUCCGUGGAGCCCGGAACCCUUGGCUUGUGGACGGACUGCAACGGGCUGGACAACAGCGACAGCAGCCUGGCCGGGACCGGCAAGCUGUCCCGUUCCGAGUCCCAUCUGUGACUGAAACUAAAAUUCUUUUUCAACACUUUUAAGUUCUAAAAGUGCAGCCAUCUUUGUUUUUACCUCGCAAUGGUGGGCAAGUGCAAUUGUUGCAGUUAUUUCUUCCUCUUUGGUGUUAUUUGUUAUUAAUGUUAUUAAUGCUUAUUUAUUUCUGCUGCACUGUGGCUUUGAGUAUAAAACGUCUUGUCCUUGUCAAGUAGUACAUGCUGUUUGUACAC